AUGCAAUUACUAAAAUUUCUGGCAAUUAUAGCAUCCGCUGGCGCCGCUUUUGGCAGUAGCGGUGCGCUCGGUGGCAUGGGCUCGAAUCAGGACUCCGAAUCCAAAGAAUCCAGCAAGUCAUUGGUUCAGACUGCUAACGUCGUUAGUACUCCUCAAGAGCAGACCAGCAAGACAGCUGCCGCUUCUCAAACGCUCCAAUCUACCACUGCGGGCAGUGUGGAAUCCCAAUUUGCGAGCGAGAUAACGUCUCCCUCUGCGACUGCCUCCAUUUCUAACAACGGAGGACCUGUUACAGUACUCACUAGCGGCUCAGUAACGUCGACUGUGUGGUGGACUCCGAGCGUGACAAAGUGGUGGACCCCCGCUAGCGAGCUUACAGCCUCGAGCGACAGCUCUAGCCCCAGUUCUGACGCUAGCUCUGACACAGUCUCAACCAGUCGUAUCGUUGAGACAAUAACUUCCGGAUCUCAUGUGACUACCAUUACUACAGAUGUGCUAACCUCUGUAAAGAAAAGUUCGACGAAGUCUUCGUCCACUGCCAGCAUCUCCAAUUCUACCAAUGCUGCGGCUCCUCUUUCUAUCGACGUGCUUUUGAGCAUUGGGGCGUUAGCACUGGGCGCUAUAGCGGCGUGA